AUGGAAAAUGUAUCUGUCGAUACUCACCGUAAAUUUUUGAAAAUAAAUUUUUUUGUACUAAGAUACAGUGGAAUUUGGCCGCUCUUGCCGUCGGCUAAAAUCGGCUGGAAAAUAUUGAAUAUUUUUUACAAAUAUUUCAAUUUGACAGUUUACAUUUUUUAUUUGUCAACUGUAGGGGCUGACGCGCUGGCUAAUGUCACUGAUUUGACGAUAUUUGGUUACGACGGUUGCUUUUUUUUUGGAACCUGCAUGUUUGUAUUUAAAGCCUGCAAAUUUUCGGUUCUGCAAAAAGAGAUUACGAAACUUACUGAUGAAGUCUAUGGACCUCUAGAUAUUCUUCUACAAUCUUCAGAUCGCGGAAUAGUGAUAAACAUAAAAAAGCACUUGUUUUAUGAAACAAUACAACUCUACAGUCUCUUUGUGUCAAUAAUAAUUAUGACAAUUGCCAUAAUAUUUUUAGUGCCUCGUGAAAAGGGUGUCUUACCAAUCCGGGCUGUGUACCCCUUUGAUACGACCGUUUCGCCCAAUUACGAGCUUACAAUCUUCUACCAAUUUUACUGCUUCGCCUACUGUCUUACGGUGAUACUGGUACUCGAUUCUACAACGAUUGGACUUAUGAGAUGGUUGACGAUCCACGUUCUCGCACUGACCAAUAACUACAAGAACUGUAACAGCAAAUUAACGAAACGCGCUGGUCUAGUUUCCCCGAUCGAGGCUUGCAAAACCUUUGAAAGAAUCAAAGUCUUGAAAAUUGCAGACCAAGAGACUGAGAUACGGAAAUUUUUGGCCUUCGAGAAGCAAGAAAUCGGAGACUGCAAUGAUAACUACAUCGGAAGAUUUAAGACUUGCAUAAGGCACCAUCAGAGAAUCAAGAAACUAGUCAACGAUUUCAACAACACUUUCAGUAGUUUUCUGUUGGUCCAGUUCGCAACGAGUGCAUGUAUCAUUUGUUUGAAUGGUUUCAUGAUAAUAUUAGCAGACACUCUGACGUCGAACCAAUGGAUGUCGGGAUGGGAAUGCACGAAUGAAAGGAAUAGCAAUAAUGAAUUGAGCAAUCUUGUGACGACGUCAAUGAUGCCAACAUUGAAGCCGCUGCAAUUUAAAGCAGUUGGCUUAUUUGUUUUGUCAAUGCCGACCUUUCUGACGAUUCUCAAAACCUCGUACUCUACUUUGAUCCUCCUGACAACAGUUGUCGCAGAUUAA